UCAAGUAAUUAAAUAUUAAUUGAUAUGAAUAAUAAAGUCCAUAGAAUUAUUAAAUAAUUCAGCUAAUUCAAACCAAAAUGGCAACAAGCAGUUAGUAAUGAGACACUCUUAACUUACAAACCCCUUUUUGCUUUACUGUUGUUGUUAUUAUUAUUAUUAUUAUUUAUACUUUUUAUAAUAACGUCCCUCGCUUUUUCUAGAAACACAUUCUUUCUUCUUCAUUUGCAAAACAAAACAAAACAAAAUUAAAUUAAAAUUAACAAAAAAUAUUCAGGGAAAAAAAUAAAAAAGGAAAAGCCCAAAGCAAAACCAAAACCCAACUGUUCUUCUCUCUUCUCUGCUCCUCUUCUCUGUUCUUCUUCCUCACUCUCCACUUCCAAAACCCUAAUUUUUCUCUCUCAAUUUUCUUUUUCACUAAUAAAUCACGCUCUGUGAUACAAUUUUUUUUCUUCUCUUUUUUUUUUUGAAAAAAAUUCUGUUUGAUUAUCUUAAUUAUCUCUUAUUUAAUAAUCUCAUAAUCUGUACAAAUUCCUUUUUUUUUUUCUUCAAAAAGAUUCUGUAAAUUUUGACCAUUUUUGUUAUUUUUGAUUCUCUUAUUAAUAAUAAUAAUUAAAAAUGGCUGCAGUUGCAGAGAUCACCGGCGAGGUUGCGAUUGCAAGCAACAAUAAGAAAAUGGAUUCUGAUGUGAAAAAUUCAGAAUUCAGUGUUCAAAAACUUGUUGAUAUGUUCACUAAAUUGAAUCCUUUAGCCAAGGAAUUUUUCCCUUCUUCUUACAAUAAUAAUAAUAUAACUCAUAACUUUCUCAAUCUCAAUAAUUUUGCUGUUGUCGUCGAUAAGCAAUCUCCUAUCGACAAUUUUUCCUCUAAUCGCAGGUUUUGCAUUUUUCAGAAAAGAAACAACUAUAACCAGGGGAAGAGAAGGUUGAAUGGGAGAGCUUAUAGAGCUCAACGAGACGAUAGUAUUAGACGAACAGUAUAUGUUUCCGAUAUCGACCAGCAUGUAACUGAAGAGAGGCUUGCUGGCUUAUUUAGUAGUUGCGGACAAGUGGUUGAUUGCCGAGUCUGUGGAGAUCCGCAUUCGGUUCUUCGUUUUGCAUUUGUGGAGUUUGCAGAUGAGCAUGGUGCUAGAGCUGCUUUAAACCUUGGUGGUACUGUGCUAGGUUACUAUCCAUUUAGAGUCUUACCUUCAAAAACUGCCAUCCUUCCAGUGAAUCCUACAUUUCUCCCUAGGUCAGAAGAUGAACGGGAGAUGUGUACCAGGACAGUAUACUGUACAAAUAUUGAUAAAAAGAUUUCUCAAGCUGAAGUCAAAACUUUUUUUGAAUCAACAUGUGGUGAGGUUACGCGCCUGAGGCUUUUGGGGGAUCAUGUGCAUUCAACUCGUAUAGCUUUCGUCGAAUUUGCUAUGGCUGAAAGUGCUAUUAUUGCCCUGAACUGCAGCGGAAUGGUUGUGGGAACCCAACCUAUCAGGGUAAGUCCAUCAAAGACGCCUGUGAGGCCACGAGUUACUCGCCCAACAAUGCAUUAACUAAUCAUCAGCGUUUAAGAUCCAUGGAUGGAAUUUGGUGAUUUCCUAGUUGAAAGGAACCCCAUUGUGUUGAUGGGGUGAUGAAAUUUUCUUUUGUUUCAGUGUUUCCAUCUUCUCUCUCGCAACAGUAACUUUUUCUGUGACUGAAACAUAUUGUAACCCUGCUUCAAAUUGAAGGUUUUACAAGACCGCUCAGUCUCAAGUACUUUUCCCUUGUUCCA